AUGAAUUUGGCUUCGCCGGGAUUAUCGAUUCCGUAUAAUAUCCAUAUUCAACAAGUAGUCGAACAUUUUACACCAUUUCAAGCUGCUCCGUAUCCAUAUCAAAAUUACAGCGAAAUGUUUGAUGGCAGACUCGGUCUGGGAGUGAAUCUGCUUCCUCCACCUCCACCUUCAUUUCAAAAUAUGGGACCCUAUGCACAAGUUCGAAUGGAUUUAAUUCGUGCCGAACAAUGGAGACAACAACAGCAGGAACAAUACUAUCCACCUCCGUUUAACGCUAAUGAACAAUUUUACUAA